AUGAGCACCUUGGCCUCUUCAAGGACGUCCAAAGGAAGCGAGCUUCAUAACCACCGCUUUCUCCGGCGCCAGCAGUCUUUAUUCACAUACCUCACACUCCUCGCUGCUUCGUCCAUCCUCACUGUCGUACAACCAGCGCCUCCGCCUUCCACACCACCAUCUGCACCUGUUCCCAAUGGCCCCUUCCAGCCUUUGGCGCAAGCGCCCUUGGAACCGGCUGCCCCAACGCUGCCGAUCACCAGCACCUCCAGACUCGCGACCACGACGACUGCAGCACUACAACCUACAAGAAUUACGACCUCGGCAACCAACGUUCAGUCGACGUCUACAGCCACCACACAUUCGAUCAUCACGGUCUCGUCCACGGCCCCGCUCCCAACCGCAACCACAAAGACCACGGUGAGCUUCUCCGAAAACAUCAUUACUGUCGACCGGCCGACCUCGUCCUCGGGUCGAGCCACACAGUCGUCGGGUACCUCGCCCUCCGAGACUCCAAACGGAACACUCUCUCCGGAAAACAGCAAAUCCUUGAGCCUGAUGCUUAUUGUCUCUCUUGUCGUGGUGUUUGUGGUUCUCGCCGGUAUGGGGCUGGUGGUCUGUUGCCUCUUCCAUCGUCGGUCCGCGAAACGCCGCCGCCUGUUUGGCAAGAACAACGGCAAUUCGAACUCCUCGAGCAAUGGGAUCGAUGACAUGCUUGCCUCGGCCGCAGCGGCAAAGAGGCGGGAUAGUCAUAAUGGGAGCGGGUUGAAUUCUUCUGGAAUUGCACCCGGUGCUGAGAAUGGACCGGAUUUGGAUGUGACAAGGGCACUGCAGGAGAUGACGGAGCAGCACCAGAAUGUGUUGUUGUCGAGGAGAAGCAGUAACCUUAGCCUUGGAUCUGGACAGCACUCAGGGAGUCGGGUGCUUAGCCCGACACUCGCCCCGGCACCGUAUGCGCAUACCUCUUGGACGAGUUCUGGACCCAUGGAGCAUUUUGACUCUGGACGGGAAUUCAGGAACAGCCAGUAUGAUGAGUUCUAUGGACGUCCAGCUUCAGGCCUUCGCCAGCCGUUUUACCCGGGUGCGGGGGAUCCGAAUUAUAGCAGCAAUGAGCAGUUGGUCCCAUCAUACUCACAUAGGCACCAGUCCUGGACGAACGGUACGCCUUCGAGUUCUUCGGAUCUGAAUGCUGUGAGUCGGCGAUCGAGUCUUUCGCCGGCGUUCUACCCGUGUUCAGAACCUAUCUCACCUUCGAUGUCGCAGCUUCCCUCGGUGGGUGGAUUGUAUGUACCGGAAGGAGGCGAUAAUCAAGUGUACGCGAUGAUGCGUCCAAAGUCGAUGUCGAUGUUGCCAACUGGCGAUCUUAUGGACGGUAGUCCUGCACAUCCACAGAGCGCGAUGAUGAACAUACGUCCACAGAGCGCGAUGGCUUCGACACUGGCGAUUCCUCCGUCGAUCACGACGCGUCCGAGGUCUGUGAUGACCUCCUCGCCAGGGAUAUAUCCUGCCUACUCUCGGCAGCAACAUCAGGGACAAAUGUACCAGUAUCCGGCACAGUCGCAGGUGCCCCAUCCAUAUUACUACCAACAGCCACAUCAGCAACAGUAUAGGUACUAUCCUAAUUCGCAGGAGACUCAGCUGCAGUACUCCGUAGUCUCACCUGGACACGCUGAUGCUGGACAAAUAGCUGAGGACGAUAAUGUUCAAGCGAUAGCAGCAGCAGCCGAUGUUCAAGACACAGGCUUGAUGACUGGGUCUAGUUCUGAAGCGAACGAAGGAACACAUGAUGAUGCCGAGGCGAACAAGAAGCGCAGGUCGAGUUUGCUGGAGCGCAAGAACACGGCGUCGAAUACGCCCGCGUCGUCCGGAUAG